AUCAAAGCUAGUUGAGUUGCAAGUGGAAGGAGAAAUCUCUGAGCAAAAGAGAAGAAAAUAAAACACAAGGUUCUAGAGAUGCAUUUGCUCAUUGAAGAGCUUAUUAUUUGAUGGCAGUGAGCCUUGUUGCAGCUUGUAAUUCUUCAUCUAUGGUGGGCGAGCGAAACAAAGAGAGAGAGGGUGUUGUUUCUUCUCCAAUGAAGUAACAUUUGCCUUUUCAGUGGAGAGGAGCUCAGGCCAAACAAUUGAUUUGGAGAAGAAAAUUCUGAGUAAUCAAAUGGGGGAUCAGAUAGCUCGAGCAGACGAGUUCGAGAAGAAAGCAGAGAAGAAGCUCAACGGCUGGGGAUUGUUCGGCUCCAAGUAUGAAGACGCCGCCGAUCUCUUCGACAAAGCUGCUAAUUCCUUUAAGCUCGGCAAAUCCUGGGAGAAGGCUGGAGCAACAUAUAUAAAGUUGGCAAACUGCCAUUUAAAGUUGGAAAGCAAACAUGAAGCUGCCCAAGCUUAUGUUGAUGCUGCUCAUUGCUAUAAGAAAGCAUCUGUGAAUGAGGCCAUAUCUUGCUUAGAUCAGGCAGUAAAUCUGUUUUGUGAUAUUGGAAGGCUCAGCAUGGCUGCAAGAUACUUCAAGGAAAUUGCUGAAUUGUAUGAGUCCGAACACAACAUUGAGCAGGCUAUUGUUUACUUUGAAAAGUCAGCUGACUUCUUCCAAAAUGAAGAAGUAACAACUUCUGCCAAUCAGUGCAAGCAGAAAGUCGCACAAUUUGCUGCUCAACUAGAACAAUAUCCGAAGUCGAUUGAGAUUUUUGAACAGAUAGCACGACAGUCAAUGAAUAAUAACUUGCUGAAGUAUGGAGUUAAAGGACACCUUCUUAAUGCUGGCAUUUGCCAACUCUGCAAAGGUGAUGUUGUGGCAAUUAGCAACGCAUUAGAGCGAUAUCAGGAACUGGAUCCAACUUUUUCUGGAACACGUGAAUACCGAUUCUUAGCAGAUAUUGCUGCUGCAGUUGAUGAGGAAGAUGUUGUGAAGUUUACUGAUGUAGUCAAAGAAUUUGAUAGCAUGACUCCGCUGGAUUCCUGGAAGACAACUCUUCUUUUAAGGGUGAAGGAAAAGCUGAAGGCCAAAGAACUGGAGGAAGAUGAUCUUACCUGAAAUUUUUUUUCCCUAAAAGCUUCGGUGGUUUUGCUUUUCAUUCUUGAUGAUUGCAUUGUAUUUUGUGCUUGUGUCCAGUUGCCCUUCCUCUACGAUGGCUACCGAUACUAAAAUGUACUUGAAUUGGGUGUUAAAUCUGUGUAGGUAUGCAUGAGUUUGUGUCAUGAGUUUGUAGUUCGAAUCUGGCCUAGUUUUUCUACUGGUUUUCAUUAAGAUUUUUUAUGUUGGAAAAGAAUGAGAACCCUAAAUGGAGGAUACAAUCGAUUUCAUAAAUUAAGGGGCGAUGAUCAUA